AUGCAUAAGCCAGUCUACAUCUUUACCACGGUCGGCCAAUUAAUGAGCCUCCCCGCUGAAGAAACUGAAGAGCACUUCAGCCGACUCAAAUCCAAUCAAAUGGAAGACGAACUAGAAGCGAGAAAUGAAUUCAUCUUGAUACUAGCUCACCAGAUGUCAAGCCAGCUCGAAGUCAAUGAUGAACUAUUUGAUGAUUUGGCCGCCUUGAGAGCUGCUUAUGCUAGUCUUCAAUCAUCCUGCUCAGACUACGUCGAUGAAUUGGAGAUUUUGAAGAUACGAUUCCAACCAAUAGAGGCGGAGAAUGAAGCCGACUGCUCAAGAAGAGAUCAAUCUGAAUAUAAGGUUUGA